CCUAACCAACAGAUGGCUUGAAGUUGUAGGCCUAUGCCACCAGCCUUCAAGAAGAAGAAGACUUUUAUUUUUGCGGGAUGUGAAUGGCUGCAGAGUCACGCCAUCUGCGCCUCGGAGUCUGGCAGAAAUGAACUGAGCAGGAACUUUCAAUAACGUUUUCCAAAAUAGUAGAGAUUUUGUGAUAUACGUGUCAGACUAUGGAUUUAAUGAGAGUAAUCGUGUUGUUUGCACUGAUCGCAGCUCGGUGUGCUCGCGCAUCGCUGCCGAACUUUGUGCUGCUGUUCGCCGAUGACUUGGGUUACGGUGAUCUGGGGUGUUUCGGACACCCGAGCUCCCUCACCCCGAAUUUAGACCGACUGGCAGCCGGCGGACUGCGGUUUACCGACUUCUAUGUCACGAGCCCCGUGUGCAGCCCCUCCAGGGCAGCCUUGUUAACGGGUCGCUAUCAGACUCGAUCCGGGAUUUAUCCUGGUGUGUUCUAUCCAGGCUCAAAUGGGGGUCUCCCGCUCAACGAGACCACUGUUGCAGAGGUGCUUAAAUCUCAGGGUUAUGCUACAGCCAUAGUGGGCAAAUGGCACCUGGGCGUCGGGCCAAAUGGCAUUUACCUGCCCACCCGACAGGGCUUUGACCGUUAUCUCGGUAUUCCAUACUCACACGACCAGGGUCCCUGUCAGAAUCUGGUGUGUUUCCCUCCGGAUGUGAAGUGCUAUGGCUUCUGUGAUCAGGGUGUUGUGACUGUACCUCUCCUGAGUAAUGAGAAUAUCAAGCGGCAGCCUGCAGACUUCCUGCAGCUUGAGAAGGAAUACAGCGAAUUUGCCUCUAAAUUCAUCAAUGAUGCUGUCCAGAAUAACCAGCCAUUCUUCCUGUACUAUCCUUCACAUCACACACACUACCCUCAGUAUGCAGGUGCAGACUAUGCAGGGAAGUCUCCUCGUGGGCCGUUCGGUGACGCUCUGAUGGAGUUUGAUGGCACUGUGGGGAAGAUUCUGCAAACUCUGGAGGAGAGAGGGGUGAUCAACAACACUCUCAUCUUCUUCACUGGUGACAACGGACCAGAGCUCAUGCGGAAGUCUCAUGGGGGAAACGCAGGACUGUUGAAAUGUGGUAAAGGCACCACUUAUGAAGGAGGAAUGAGAGAGCCGGCUAUCGCAUACUGGCCUGGAUCCAUCCAACCAGGUGUGACCCGUGCUCUGGCCAGCUCUUUGGAUAUUCUGCCCACCUUCGCCCGACUGGCUGGAGCUGCAUUACCUGAUGUUCAACUGGACGGGUUCGACAUGACAAACAUCCUGUUGAACCACAGACCGAGUGAAAGACAGACCAUCUUUUACUACCCGACUUCUCCAAGUCAGGAGCAUGGCGUGUUUGCAGUGAGAUGGAAAAAUUUCAAGGCACAUUACUAUACACAAGGUGCAAAUCACAGUCGAGGCACCCCAGACAGCAACUGCUCAUCACUUCCCCUCCUGCAUCAUGAUCCUCCUUUACUAUAUAACUUGGAGGCGGACCCCUCAGAAUACUAUAACCUUAACAGUUCCGAAUGGGACUCUGUGCUCCAGCAAAUCCAGGCCAUCAAGGAGCACUUUGAGGCUUCUAUGGUGUUUGGAGAAAGUGAGAUUGCCAAAGGGAUAGACUCUGCACUCGCGCCCUGCUGCGUUCCUAAUUGCACCCCUAAACCUGAAUGCUGCCACUGCACUCCUGCACUUUAAUGGAAGCACACUGCCAAAUCCCAGCACCGUCACAGGAACAUGAAAUUCCAGUUCACAAGCACUCCGAAAGACCGAUUGGGUUUACUUGAUUUUCUUGCGAGGGGAAAAAAUCCUGAACUUUUCUAGAAUCUUGUUCGGUUUAAGUUCUUUUGAAGGAAUACAAAUGAAAAGAGUUAAUAAAAAAUGAAGUUGA